GAUACAGUGAGUGAGGCAUGCAUUCUCACUGCACUAUCGUACCAAUCCAAGGAUUUCUACUAUACUUCCACUAUAGGAGAUUCCUGUUUUUCAAACUCUCUUGCUAUAAUUCUGUGCUUGUUGUGUGAUAUUUGGAUCCUGUUAUAUUCCCACUAUUGGCUGCUCUUGUACUGAAUGUGAUACUGGAGCGGUUAGGAUUGGCUUGCUGUUGUGCAUCUGCUGCCAAAGUUUUGGAGAAGGGAGCUCUGUCAAAAUUUGACUAGUGGAGCUCAAAAGUGGGAGGAACCUCAGAGGAUGGUUUGACUUGGAAGUCUUUCUUGUGGAGCGGCAUCUUCUCUGCUGCAAAGAGAGAGAAGUCAUCAGUUUUCAGGAAGAAAAGGGACUCUGAUGUGGGACAACGGCACAGGGUGUUGGAUCUGAGGGGUUGUUUAUUCUUGAACAAACCGGGUUGAAAAAAGCAUCAUCUAUUUUGCAAAGAGAAAGAAAGACGUAUAUUAUUUUGGUACAGAAUCUUUUACUGUUUUACAACAUGGCUGGGAUGUAUGGAUGCUUCAAAAACAGGAACAGUGAGAGCGCUGCCAUGGCAUCGGGAGCUCCAGAUGUGAUGGCCAAUCAGGAGUCUGCUGAGGUCGUGGAAGAGUGCUCAGGAAAGAAGAAGUCCAAGUUCCAGACAUUUAAAAAAUUCUUUGCCAGGAAGAAGAGAAAGGAGCCGCCAGCGGCAGGAGCAGACACGGGGCUUAAAGCCAGCCAAUCAAGUGACAAUGUCAGCAAAACAUCCGAAAAUAACACGCUCACUCGAUCAGAGAAGGACAAGGGCUCUGGGUCAAAGAUCAGCCUGGGCAGCAAGGCCUUGUCCCACGACUCUGUCUUUGUUUCGGACUUGUCGGAGGCCAACGAGGCUCUGGGGGCAUCUCAGGACAGCAUUCACGGGAAAGUGAAAUCACUACAGCUCCAGCUGAAGCAGGCCAUCAGACUGGGCUCUCCUCCGUCCCUCAUGUGUGUGAAGAAAACGGACGAUGCCGGAACUGUGUCUGAGGAUGACGGCCUGCCCUGUAGUCCACCUGAAUACACCACACUUCACGCGGCCAUGAAUCAGGCUCAGAGGAACAGCUCCAUCAGUCUGGAGGGAACAGAGAGUGACGACGACCAGUUGUCUGGAGCGGUGAGCCCCCUGGUGGUCCCAGGGGACUUCAGUUUGCCGGCCAGUCCCUUCGGCUGUCUGGAUAACUCUGCUGCCAAACACAAGCUGGGCCUGAGACACAAAGCCUGCAACAGGAGGAAACCUGUCUGUAGGCUGGAGAUGAAGGCAGAGGGAGACUCUGUGUUGGAGGAGACCCUGAACGCCUCCAUAACAGAAGCUUUGGAGGAGCGAGAUCAACAGAAGACAUCAGAAGCUGUAAGUGUUGAUGAGCUGAAACCAAAGGUGGAUACGGAGGAAGAAGAAGACGAAGAAGACGAGGAGAAGGAGCAGCAGCCACAGCAUUCCAGACACUCCCUGGUGAGAGAUGAGGAGGAGAGGGAGGAGGGAGAGGACGAGUCUGAAGCAGAACAGGAUGUUUCUCCCAGGCCGGACUCUUCCCCUCCUGCGGAGCUGUGUCACCCAGACGCCCAGCCCCUGGCCUCCUCCAAGCCCAGCUCCAGAGCCUCCUCUCUGGACAGUCACGGAGCCACACCGGAGCCCCCUGCUGGUCUCAGAGAGUAUCUGCUGGACCCGCCCAGCGUUGCCGAUGAAGCAGAGGAGAAGGGGUAUGAAAGUGACUCUGCACUGAGCGGAGAAAAUGACGAAGUCCAGGAAAGCAGAGAAGAGGAGAGCUCCUUCUUACAGGAAGUGCUGAGCUCCCUGAAGACUCCUCUGGCGUCCUGUCUGGAGACGGAGGGUGUUGUCCUGGAGACGGAGGAGGAGGAGGGGAAGGAACAGGAAAGAGAAGAUGUGGCGAUAGAGGAAGGAGAGGAGGUAAAGGAAGAGGAGGCAGAGGUGGACGAGCCUGUCGGUUAUCUGGCUGGCUCCGACCACACCACACCGGUAGUGGUUAGCACUUUGAGCGCUCCUUCCUGUCAAGAUGUUGAAGAAGAGGAGAAAGUCGAAGAGAAGAAAGAAGAAGAAGAAGAAGAAGAAGAAGAAGAAGAAGAAGAAGAAGCAGCAGAGGAAGAAGAAGCAGCAGAGGAGGAGGAACUAGUGGUGGAACACGUCAGUCAACAUGGUCAAGAAGAGGAGGGCGAAAAAGACGAGGCAGAGGAAGUCAGCCCCGAGGAACAACCUGACACGCUUACAGGAAACGCUGUCGACCAGGCAGAGGAAGAGGAAAGAGAAGAAGAAGAAGAAGAAGAAGAAGAAGAAGAAGAGAGUGAGGGAGAGGAGGAGGCGAUCGAGCUGGAGAUAAAGCAGCCCGCGGUGGAGGAGGAGGAGGGACGGGAGACGAGGGAAGAGGACGAUGAAGAGGUGAACGUGAAGGAGGCAAAGGAGAGAGUUGAGGAGGCGGAGGAAGCGAUGGAAGACGAGAGGGACGACGCAAAAGAGAUGACGGAGACGUUUCCUGAAGAGAACGGUGCCGUGUCGCUGCAGGAGGAAGAGGAGGGUGUUGCGGUCGGAGGCGUCAACGCGUGCACAAACGACGAUGAAUCAGACCUGGGGGGCCAUCAGGUGUUCGCUGUAGCGCAUGGAAGUCAAACAGCGUCCAAUGAAAGCUUCGGAGAGGAGAGGGGAGAUGGAGAGGAGAAGGGGGAGGAAGGCGUAGAUAUGGACCGCACAGAGCAGAAAUCAGAGCAAGAGGAAGAGGGCGAAGCAAACCAACCUGACGCAGAUCUGACCGAACAAGUUCGGCAGCGGGAGGGUGUCGAAACAUCCCAUUUAGUCAUGAAGCAAGGGGGGGGGGAUCAAAGUGAAGACACAGAACAGGCUAAGCCUUCUUCGCUGUUUCUUCCCGAGUCGCAUUGCGAGGCUCUGUCACCGGAGAGUGGAGCCAGCACUCCCAGCAAGACCAGCACCAUCCACAUCAACCUGCUCUCUCCGAGCUCAGAGAAAGCCACACCUUUCUUUCCACAGUCCCCAACUGCCGAAAGUGAGACACGCUGUCAUGCUGUAGCAGCCACACAGCAAAACACAGCAGCCACAGAAGAAGAAGAAGAAGAAGAAGAAGAAGAAGAAGAAGAAGAAGAAGAAGAAGAAGAACCAGCUGACAACGUGAAAACCGUAGAAAUGGAAAAACGGUGGGCCCUGGACGGAGAAGCUCCACCUCCCGCCUCUGUGGAGGAAGACGUUAAACCGCCGUCCAGAGGUCCGGAUCAGAGCAGAGCCCGCUUCACCGUCGCCCCCGCCUGGCAGAGAUCCCUCUCUGUCGGCGAUGUAGAAGAGAGUUUGAUUCCUCCCUCCUCCCCGCCCGCCUGCGUCUCCAAUUCGCCGUCCGCUGUCACUGGGCCCGGAGGUGCGGAGGUGGAGGCUGAGAAGGACCCUGACGUGGAAGCAGAGCCAUCGAGUUCAGCUACGGUUGAACUGGUGUCGAGCCCUGGCAGAGUGAGGAACGCAGGGACCGGCACUGCAUCAUCGUCUCCAUCGUCCGUUCAACCUCAGACCUCAGCUGCUGCAAGAACAGACAAGAGUUCUGUCGUAGUGGAGGGAAACCCCGACAAUCCAUUUGGAGUUCGGCUGAGGAAGACGUCAGCUCCGCACCGCUUCAGCUCGGAGGAGGAAAACACAGAGCCUCCCAUCGAGCCUCCGGCUCAGCCAACCAGCUGUAGAGUGGACUCCCCACAGCCAAUCGGUGUAAAGCCCUCCAUAAGUCAGCCAGUCAGCAACAAGCCUGCCCUCCCUAAGAAACCGGAUGUACACGGAGACAGUGUAGGGAAAAACAAGCGCAUUUCAGACCCAGCUGCAGGUCGUGGCUUUUCUGCUGGAUCAGAUUCUCCCAGCUGGAUCUCUGUGGCCAAACAGAAACAGAAGAUCUAUAAAGAAAAUUCACUAGAAGAAAUUACUAUCAAGAAGGAGGAACCAGAGAAGAAGAGUUCACUGCCAAUGUCUGUCAGCUCAGCUGCAAGCAGGGAGCCCAGCAACAGAACAGCGGAGUCCACCGGAAAAGUGAGUCCGUUGGAGAGCAGAAAGCCUUCAGCGUCCGUAGAAAAGGAGGCCAAGAGGGCUCUCUCUCCUCCAACUCCGGUGCCACCUCAACCUCCUAAACCCCAGUCGCUCCCCUGCCCCGUCCCUCCCAAACCCCAGCUUCCCCCUGCCGCCGCCAAACACCCAGCCCACCCUAACUCCCCCCAGAGAUCCCUGUCACCCCCUACUUCGAUUCCUGUUCCACAAAAAUCUCCCUCUCGCAUAAGCCCGCCGCCUCCCUCCAAAAAUGCCGCCUCGUCCAAGACACCCCCGCCCCAGAGCACGACACUUAGCUCCCCUCCGUUUUCAUCGAGAACCGCCCCGGAAAAGUCUGGUUCAAGAGCUCCGGGCCUUUCCGGCCAGACCCCGGCCUCGCAGCGGAGCCCGCCUCCCCCGGCUUCACCCCAGGAUGAGCCCCCCUGGAUGGCCCUGGCCAAGAAGAAGGCCAAAGCCUGGAGCGAGAUGCCCCAGAUCGUCCAGUGACGGGCACAGGGUUCAGUAAGAUCUUGUAAAUAGGCCCAAGCCAGGCGGAUCUGGAACGGGGUUGAAGCGGGCAGAGAGUUUGGAUGGACCCAGAAUGCACUUGCACACAAAGAGCUGUUGUUUUCUGUAGUUUUCUUACUUCCUGGUUUGUAUCCGGGCUUAAGUUUUCAGCUGAAGACCUUUUUUAUUUACGUCCUUAUGUUGUACAGUCAUGUUUUCUAAGCGACAGGGUAAGACCCCAAACGGUAAUGCGUCUUAGUUGAAGUGGAUUCCUAUUAUUUUCAGUAUAUUAAAAUGUGCCUGAAUGAGACAAAAUAUCUGCGGCCUCGCAGCUGAAAGUAAAAAUCUUUAUCUAAAGUAUCAGAUGAUUCCACCGAUAUCACUAAAUAUUUCAGUGAAGACAGAAUAAUUUUUAUAAAGAGGAAACUUUAUCCACAGAAAGUUGGUUAAAAGUGACAAAGAGACAAAUCGUUAUCUUUCUGUCAGUCUGUGUGUGUGUGUGUGUGUGUGCUCUUAUUUUAAGCCAGUGAUACAUGCUCACAUUUUGAGUAAUGUGGAAAAUGUUGUGACCAGACCAGUAAAAUGGGCUAACAUCCAAGUUAAGCGGAAUUUGCUGAACUAACUGCUGCCCGUCAUGAGCUUUAGUACAAAUUGCUGAUUCAUGUUUCCUCAAUCUGCUUUCGUGUGUUGUCCCAGUGUAUCAGGUUCUCUAUAAAUCGAUUUAUUCUAACACAAUCCACUGACACUAAACUGUUUGUUGUGUUAGCGCGUGCUGAGUGUGUCCAUCAUGUUCCGGGUUGUCAGUGAAAAUGAUAUUUUUUUAUUUAAUUUCUCUUUU